CGCGGGAGACGCCCCACAGCGACCCCGGGCCAUGGCCGAGUGGAGCCCCGCCCAGGCUCUUCAGUGGGAUGUGGAGACCCAGCCCAUGGCAGCCGCUCAGCCCCUCGGCAUCCCCGAGCAAACGCCCAUGGGGGACGUGCUCCCCGAGACGGCCGAGCUCUCCCUGACCGUCGUGGCUGAAAUCCAAGCGGUGGAGAGCAAGGUGGAUUCUUACGCCGCGCAGCUCAUGAGCCUGGAAGGGAGGAUAGGGAUGGCCGAGACAAAGCUGGACGGCUGUGAGAAGACGGCGGUCGAGUUUGGGAACCAGCUGGAGAGCAAGUGGGCCGCCCUGGGGACCCUGAUCCAGGAGUACGGGCAGCUCCAGAGGAGGCUGGAGAACAUGGAGAACCUGCUGAAGAACCGGAACUUCUGGAUCCUCCGGCUGCCCCCGGGCUCCAGGGGAGAAGCCCCCAAGGUCCCAUUGCUGUUUGAUGAAGCCUCCUGCAGCUUCUCUGAGCAGGAGUGGAGGAGUCUGGACGAAGGGCAGAAGGACCUCUACCGGCACAUCAUGAAGUGCAACUACAAGGCCGUGGUCUCCGUGGAUGCUGCCAUCUCUAAACCGGAUCUGCUCUCGCGGAUUGAGCAAGCAGAAGUUGCGGAUCAGGGAGAUUGUGAGGAAAGGGAGCCCCUUAAAGAGUCCACCCUAGGCUCCCCAAUUUCUGCCCUCAACGAUAGUUCCUGGAUGGAGCAGGAGGAGAUGUCCCUUGUCAAGAGCAUGGGGGACCUGGAGGAGAGGGAAAUCCCGGGAGAGCCUGCCCUGGGGACGUUGGACAGAGAUGCUCCCCAGCUCCUGGAGGAAGACCCCGAAAGCUUGGAGCUCCCCGGCAUGUUCCCCAGGAAAUGGUCGGAGGUUUUCCAGGGCCCGGGCGAGGAGCUGCUCUGCGAAAGCCACCCCCUCGCGGCCGCCCUGCCGAGGAAGCCUCCAGGGAGCAGCCUGAGGCGCUCCGCCCGCUGUGUGGCCGACACGCGGAAAGAGGACUCCUCGGCGUUGUCCGCGGAAGCCCUCACCGGGCCCUACAUCUGCUGCGAGUGCGGGGAAGGCUUCCUGGACAAGCAGCUCUUCACCACCCACCAGAGGAGCCACGGCGGAGGGGGCCCCUACCCCGCCAUGGACCCCGGGGGAGGCCUGAAGCUGAAGCCCCACCCGCUCGCGCUCCAGAGAGCCCCGACUCCGGCCCGGCCCAAAGCGCCCAAGCGGCCCGAGCCCCAGCGGAGCUCUGGGCUCAAGCCCGGCGCUGGGAAGCGCCCGGGCAACCACAUGGUGGAGAGGCCCUACACCUGCACGCAGUGCAAGGAGAGCUUCAAGCUGGAGGUGAGCCUCGUCCUCCACCAGAAGCUCCACACGGGGAAAGGCGACGGGCCGCUGACCUGCACUUACUGCGGCAAGGACUUCCGCGACCUCUCCAAGGCCGUCCGCCACCAGCGCAUCCACACGGGCGAGCGGCCCUACCAGUGCACGGAGUGCGGCAAGAGCUUCAUCCGGCGGGACCACCUGCUCAAGCACUGGCGGGUCCACACCGGCGAGACGCCCUACCAGUGCGCCACCUGCGGGAAGAACUUCCGCUACAAGGAGUCCCUGAACUGCCACCAGAAGAUCCACACCCGCAACCCGGCCGCCCACCACCUGGCCCUCGCAACGCCGGCCGGCCUGGUGGGCUUGAAGCAAGAGCAGCCCCCCCGCCCGCCGUGUCCGCCCGCGGGCAGGUGGGCGCCGCUGCGCGCCCGAGCGGGAGGCGGGCCGGCCGAGGCUGCCUGGCUUGGUGCGGGUGCGCAGCUCCUCCUCUUCCCUUCUGCCCCCGGCGGACCGCGGGCUCGUGUGCCGCCUGCCUCCCCGCCUUCCUCGCCGCGAUCCGCAUUCCGGGGCUCCCUCGGGCGGCCUCUCCGGACCGAAGGACCGAGGCUGCCUCCUCGCCUGGCCCGCGGCUCUGCGGCUGCUGCGGCUGCGGCUGCUGGUGCGGCGUCGCCCCCUGUCCUUCGAGCGUGGAGGAGGAGGCGGAGGACGCCGAGGAGGAGGAGGAAGGCGAUGGCUACUGAAUGGGAGUCCUCUGCCCAGAGCUGCGAGGAGGACCCUCACCGGCAGGCCACGGAGAUCUCCCUUUGGACUGUGGUGGCCGCGAUGCAGGCUGUGGAGAGGAAGGUGGACCUCCACGCCGGGCGGCUGCUGACCCUGGAGCGGAGGACGGGAUUGGCCGAGAAGAAGCUCUCAGGCACGGAGAAGGCCAUGAGCGAGUUCAGCCACCAUCUUGAUGCACUGGGGACCCUGAUCCAGGAAUAUGGGCAGCUCCGGAAGAGGCUGGAGAACAUGGAGAACCUGCUGAAGAACCGGAACUUCUGGAUCCUCCGGCUGCCCCCGGGCUCCAGCGGAGAGAGCCCCAAGGUGCCCGUGGCCUUUGACGAGGUCUCCGUCUGCUUCUCCGAGCAGGAGUGGGGCAACCUGGACGAGGGGCAGAAGGAGCUCUACAAGAACGUCGUGAAGGGGAACUACGAGUCCUUGGUCUCGAUGGAUUAUGCCAUUGCAAAGCCUGACCUGCUUUCCCGGAUGGUACGUGGGGAGGAGCCGUGCGGGGAGAAUCGGGGGCGGUCUGAGGACGACGAGGCCUCCAUCAGCGCAGGCACAGAAUUCCCACCCACCAUGAACGACACAAUCUCCUUUGUCCAACGGGAAGUUGCCCCUUCUGUGGUGGGCGUGUGGGAUGUGGAGGACGGAGGAGCAGUCGCCGCGGACCACAGCCCAGAUGCAGGCCUCUUCAACCGGACACCUCCCAGGGCUGAGAUGGGGCCCGGAGAUGUGGAACUCUACAGCGCGUUGCCCGAGACGCUGGAUCAGGCCGUGUUCCACUUCCCCGAGGAGGGCUUGGCGUGUGUCGAUGGGCAGGCGGUUGGCAUCGGGGGCGGCUUGGAGGAACUGGCCGAGGGCGGGGCGGACUUUGGCGACUUCACCACGAUCAUCGUCCAGGAGGGGGCUCUUCCUGGCGAGGCGCCCUACGUGUGCCCGGACUGUGGGAAGAGCUUCCUAUACGAGGAGCAGUGUGUCCUGCAUCAACGAACCCACCCCUGCGUCACUCCCGAACCCGGAGGGAGCCCCACGUCGAGCCUCCAGCCAGGGGCAAAGGUGUACACCUGCCCUGAAUGCGCCCGCUGCUUCCCGCACCAGGCAAGCCUGAGCAAACACCGCCUGUGGCACUCAGGUGAGCGCCCGCACACGUGCGCCGAGUGCAAGAAAAGCUUCCGGCUGAAGAUCAACCUGCACCUCCACCAGCGGACCCACGCGGCGGGGGGGAAAGCCGGCUCCUACAUCUGCGGCGAGUGUGGCCGGGGCUUCAACCACCACUCCAAUUUCCUGCGCCACCAGAUGAUCCACACCGGCGAGCGGCCUUACGCCUGCGGCGAGUGUGGGAAGACGUUCAUUCGGAAGGAACACCUCGCCACCCACGGCCGGCUGCACACUGGCGAGAGGCCCUACAAGUGCCCCCACUGCCAGAAGAGUUUCACCCGCAAGCAGCACCUCGUGGGGCACCAGCGGCAGCACGAGAUGGUGACGCCCUGGAUGGAAAAUCACCCACCGCAGAAACACCUGCACAGCCAGCGGGGCAGAACGAAGUUGCGGGCCGAGGCCAGCCUGCCCCAUCUCAGACAGGAGGCCUUCCCCCCAUAAAUGGCGUGGGAGACCAGGGGUGGGGAACCACUUUCUCUCCGAGGGCUGAAUUCCAUUUCGGAGAAGCCCUCGGGGGCCGCGUCCCAGUGGUGGGUGGGGCCAA